AUGCCUCCUUCCCUGCACCCUUCCCACCUCCACUUCCACAAGCUCAAGCGCCGCCACCACCCCGCCGCCAUGGCCAAGAAGGGCCUGGCCGCCAUCCUCUACAAGUUCCGCGACGUGCACCGCCCGCCCUCUGCCUCGCCGCCGGCGCCGUCGACACCGUCCGCGCACUACGCCCAGCGCUGCUACCCGCCGCCGCCGUCCUUGUGGCCCUGGCCGUCGUGCCGGCACCCGCGCACAAGCUCGUUCCGCGGGCCAAAGGACGACGGCUCCGCGGUGUUCCGGACCGUGAACAGCGUCUACGACACGACCUCGGAGCAGUUCCUCCGGUGCUCGUCCAUCGAUGAGGCAGCGUGUAUCGACCGGAGCCCCCUGUCGUUGCUCGGAGAGGCCGUUGCGGUUGCGGAGCAGGUGGACGAGGAGGAGGAGAAGGAGACGGAGCUGCGUGAGACGGCCGUCGUGCGCGGCAUGCGUUCGGAGCGGCUGCUCUUCGAGCCGGCCCCGGCCGGCGCAGAGUUCUUGUCCAAGCAGGGCGUGGCGCCGGCGAGAGGCAAGAACGACGAGGCGGCCACCGUGGCAGUGGCAGGCGUCAAGAGCGAGGAGCCAGCGACGACAGACGCGCCGCGCGACAAGGACGAGCCGGCGGCGGAGGCCGUCGCGGCGAAGGGCAGCGCGGUGGUGGUGACAGUGGAGUCCAAGGACCCGUACGGCGACUUCAGGGCGUCCAUGGCGGAGAUGGUGGCGGCGCACGGGCUGCGGGACUGGGAGGCCCUGGAGGAGCUCCUGGCGUGGUACCUCAAGCUCAACGCCAAGGGCGUCCACGCUGCCAUCGUCGGUGCAUUCAUCGACCUCCUCGUGACCAUUCAGCCGCAGGCGUCGUCCCCGCCGUCGCUGCCGUCCCGGUCGCCCUCGUCGUCGUGCAUUACCUUCGAGGAGUACUCCUCGGCAACCUUUGACGAGGAAGACGGCAAGAGCUGA